CAGCCGCACCUCCCAGCCAAUGAGAAGAGGCAACGUCAGAGAGUCGCGCCGCGGCAGGAAUCCGACAGCCCCGGCAUCCGCGAGUCGUAGAAAAUUACGUAAAAGGGUGAUGGUGGGGAAAAUGGUGCCAAGAGAGGGCACCCGAGCCCAGGAGAAGAUUGUCUCGGUUUCACAGAGAAGAGGCGUGGAGGCAGAGAGACUUAGGUUCGGAUUCAGCUUCCACCACUUCUUAGCGCCCAAGGGAGAAGCAGUUGGCCGCUCUAGCAACAUGAUCCUCCACGUCUCGGUGGUGCGAGGCCUCGCGCUUGCGCGGUGUGUAAGGCGGCGGGUGAGGGGCGGACCAGGCGAGCUGGGCGCGGCGGCGCGCGGAGAGGUCGGCGGAGCGGCGCCCGCCUUCGCAGGUACCGCGCACGGUCCGGCGCCGGGGAGGAGAGCCUACAUUUACAUGAGCAUUCCUGUCUGCCACCUGUUAGCGUUUCAUGUUGAGCUUAUAUGGUCAGCUAACACGUCCAAAUCUUUAACCAACCAUCGUCUCUGUGUCCCCCCUCCAUCCAAGUUCAGUCUUCACUAUCUCAGGAAGAUAUCCACCUAUGUGCGAACCCGGGCCACAGAGGGAGCUUACCCACGCCUGUACUGGUCUACAUGGAGGCACAUUGCGUGUGGGAAACUGCAGCUGGCUAAGGAUCUGGCGUGGCUUUACUUUGAAAUAUUUGAUAGUCUUGCAGUGAAGACGCCGGAGGAGCGCCUGGAAUGGUCUGAGAUUCUGUCCAACUGCAUGACUGAGGAUGAGGUCGAAAAGCAAAGAAAUCAGCUUUCAGUGGACACCCUACAGUUUCUGCUCUUCUUAUACAUCCAGCAGUUAAACAAGGUCUCCUUGAGGACAUCUUUGAUUGGAGAAGAGUGGCCUAGUCCCAGAAACAGGUCUCAGUCUCCUGACCUGACGGAAAAAUCCAGUUGUCAUAAUAAGAACUGGAAUGAUUACAGUCACCAAGCUUUUGUCUAUGAUCAUCUGUCAGAUCUUCUUGAGCUGCUUUUAGAUCCAGAACAACUCACUGCAUCAUUUCAUUCGACGCAUAGUAGUCUAGUCUCCCAAGAAGCUGUCGUGGCGCUCAGCUUUCUUAUUGAAGGUACAGCGAGUAGAGCCGGGAAGAUAUAUCCACUUCAUGAACUUGCAUUGUGGCAACCACUGCAUGCAGAAAAUGGCUUCUCAAAGAUCUCUAAGACCUUUUCUUUCUACAAGCUAGAAGCCUGGUUGAGAGCCUGUUUGACUGGGAAUCCAUUUGGUACAUCUGCUUGCCUCAAGUCUGGAAAGAAAUUGGCUUGGGCUCACCAAGUUGAAGGGACGACCAAAAGAGCCAAGAUUGCUUGUAAUACUCAUGUGGCCCCUAGGAUGCACCGCAUGGUGGUGAUGAGCCAGGUUUACAAGCAGACAUUGGCCAAGAGCUCAGAUACUCUGGUGGGGGCACAUGUAAAGAUUCAUCGUUGCAACGAAUCUUUUAUAUAUCUGCUCUCUCCCUUACGAUCUGUGACAAUUGAGAAGUGCAGGAAUAGCACCUUUGUUCUGGGCCCUGUACAGACUGCUCUUCACCUCCACAGCUGUGACAACAUUAAAGUCAUUGCUGUUUGCCAUCGUUUGUCCAUCUCUUCUACAACAGGUUGCGUCUUUCACAUUCUGACGCCUACACACCCACUUAUUCUCUCUGGGAACCAGACAGUAACUUUUGCCCCUUUUCAUACUCAUUACCCAAUGCUGGAGGACCAUAUGGCCAGGACCGGCCUUGCUACAGUGCCUAACUAUUGGGAUAAACCAAUGGUUGUGUGCAGAGAGAACAGUGACACUAGUGUCUUCCGACUCUUACCACCUUGUGAAUUCUACAUAUUUAUUAUUCCCUUUGAAAUGGAAGGGGACACAACAGAGAUACCUGGGGGUCUUCCAUCUGCAUAUCAGAAAGCACUGGGUCAAAGAGAGCAGAAGAUACAGAUCUGGCAGAAAAUUGUGAAGGAGGCUCGUUUGACAAAGGAUCAAAGAAAGCAGUUCCAGGUACUUGUGGAGAACAAGUUUUAUGAGUGGCUGAUUCAUACAGGACAUCGCCAACAGCUGGACAGCCUCGUGCCUCCUGCAGCAGGCUCCAAACAAGCAGCAGGAUGAGUAAGGCUCCUGGAUCACACACUGGGCUCUAGAAACAUGAGGACGAAUGGAAGAUGGUACACAUCUUGAAACUAAAUUGAGAAGGUGCUCUUGCUGCUUAAGAGACUUUGGGGCUUUUUCUUUUAUUUAAGACCUUUCCUUAAUUUCCAUUCCAUACUUAUUUACUACUGUUUACAUUGAAUUUCAGCUAAACUUCUGACUGUCCUAUAAACAUAUUAUUUAUAGAGCAUCAGAAGGCUCAUCUUUGUGAUGCCAAAAUGAAAACCUGGAUGAAGGCAGUCCCAUUGUAUGUAUGUUAAUAUUAAAGUUAUUGAGUAUAGAUUUACAGGUAAACUUCACAUUUUAAUUUCUAUGAUGAAAGGGUUUCAUCCUUUCUAGAGUUAAAUAAGAGUUUUAUAGUUGUUUUUAACUAUUUAAAAGGAAGUUGUUACUCCUUUAAAAAAAUAAUUGGGAUGAAAGUAUGAUUUGUUGGUGUAUAAAUUGCAGAAAUAGUUUUAUACAAAGAUAUUUUAGUCCUUAAAGUAUGAAACAAUGAAAUUGUUUAGAAUCUUUAUUUUUCAUUUUCUGCUUUAAAUUUUCAAUAAAUAAACUCUAAAAAGUAAUUUUCUCCUUUUAAUGAAAAGACAAAGCUUUACUUUUAAGUCUAGAAAAGGUUUCCAAUGUCAUUGUGUGCUGUUAUAUCAAAAAUAAAGUUUACAUUUGAUUGGGAAAGCUGUGUUCUUUAAGAUAAAGGAAAACAAUGAUCAAUUUAAUAAAAUGAAGCUGAUUGCUGAUAAACAUUGUUUCAUAUGCUCACUGGCCAUUUAGUUAGUAAUUAUAUCAAAAAAGAGCUUGAUUUUUAUUUCCAAAGUGAAAGUUAACCCUCAGAGUAUGUGUUAAUUCUAAUUGAGGUUUUCAUAGUUUUUAUAUUAAGAUGAAAUUCAAGCAAGCAAAGCAUUACCAGAUAAACACUGGAGUAACAGAAGUAUGUUUUGGAAAUUGCUCUUGGUUAAUGAAAUUAGUGGUAUUAGAAAUUUUCUUUAAUGUUUAUAAAAUUCAUAAAACUAAGCAUAUAACUUAAUACUUUAUUUAUCAAUAAUCUUCAUGUCCAGGCAUAUUUGCCAUUUUAUGAAUUGACCAUAAUAUAUCUCAGGGGCAUCCCAUUUAUAAAAGUAUUUGUUGGAUAGCUUUGUUAGUGGGAAGAAAAGGAAGUCAGACUUUUGAGAAGAAUAUACUGGACUAGGAAAAUUAAAAUAGAGAAGAGUCACUUUGUUGUUUCUUUGAGUUUCCGUAAGACAUAAUCUCAUUCCUAAAGUCAGAGUUGUAUUAAGUGCCAGAAAAUGUUCUCUAAACAGGUCCCAAUAUGAUAUCAUGGCAGAGAAAUGCCACCUAGCAGGUGGCAAGUCAGGCUUAGCUAAAUCUUUGCAAAUUCAGGAUUCUGCAGUAGCUUUCUGUCUUUCAGUCUACAUACUGUAGCACCCUUUCUUGUGGAUUAGAAUUUAUGUGUGUGUGUGUGUAUGUGUGUUUUGAAAACAUUUCAAACUUAAAGAACAAUUGCAGGAAUCUGAAUUCCCACAUACCUUUUGUCUAGAUUCAUCAAUUGUUAACAUUUUGCUACAUUCACUUUACCACUCUCUAUAUAGUAUUAUUAUUUUAUUUUUGCUCAACAGUUUAAGAGAGUAGGUUACAGACAUCUUGGACCUUAGUCCUACAUACAUUAGCAUGUAUUUCCUAAAAACAGACAUUCUCUUAUGUAGCCAUAAUGCAAAUGAUUAAAUUCAGGAAGUUUAACAAUAGUACAUACUAUUAUCUAAUACACAGUCCUUAUUAAAAUUUUUGCUAAUCACCCCAAAAAUGUCCUUUAUAAUGACUUUUUUCCCAAACACAAGAUCAUGCAUUGCCUUUAGUUGUCACAUAAAUUUUGUUGCUUUAGAACGUGUCACUUUUGUUGAGAAUUAGUGGGUGGUCUUUUGACUCAUCUCCUGCAAGCUUUGUCGAAGAAAAAAAGGACGUGGGGGAUUUCAAGGUGGCUGCUUGCUAGAAAACCAAAUUGCCCAGAGCAGAGGGACUUUUUUAAUCUUGAAAACUUUGUCUGGGUUUUGUUGUCUUGACUCAGCAAAGUCUAUAAUGCAGCAAGGCUUGGUAAGCAUUAAAGGGGGUAGUGAAGCUUUGCUUUAUUUCAUAAUCCCAUUUGUUUUUCUAGAAACCAUCAAUAGCCUCUAAAUGACUGACUCAAUUUUUGGAUCCUAUUCUCAUGACUAAGCAAAUGUUUGAUUUGAAACCAGCCCAGUAUAAAUGUCUCUGUGCCUCUAACUCUCUCUGGCUAUUCCUGGAUUUCAGUACUGGGGAAACCAAUCUAUACUCCAAAAAUGUCUAAAACUGGAACCAAGGUAAGAAAACGGUCAUGCUGAUUUUUGGCCUACCCAUCUUCUUUUCACUUAAUAAUACACUGAAGGAAACAUGGAGAAAAGCUUUUGCUUCUUUGCCUAGAGGUGAGUAUGACAGUGGUUAGAAGGCUGGAAUUGGGAGAAAAGAUUAAGAAAUGCUUAUUAUAUUUUCUACUCUAACUGAAUUACCAGUUUAUUAAGGGUUUAUCUUUAUGGGUGGUGUUAUGUUGAAUAAUAUACAGGUAUAUAAUGUAUAAAUCAUCAUGAUUUCUGCCUUCCAGCAACUAAUAUUCUAUGCAUUUCCAUAGACAUAGUACGUGCUGAUAAGAGGACUCUGUGGAGUAGAAAACUUUUAGUAUUCAAUAUGUUUUGUGAAAUUUAGCCUCAACCAUUACUGUUCUAAAAGGCCAAGGUGGAUGGACCAAUCACGUGAAUUAAACGCCACAUAUCCCCUGUAGUCAAGCAGUUACCUGUAUCCCUUUCCCCAAAUAAAGUGCUUAAGUUAGGAAAAUUGCCUCUAAAAUACUUGAUUCACAAUUGUUGGACUGGAACUUGAUCUCUCAGGCAGGCUUUGGGAAGAGGGCAGCUACCUUCAUUCUCUGUUAGCUCUUCCACUGAGCAGAGUGUCUAAGGCAAAGCCUGAUCUCCCCCCUUACUUUUAACUUUGAAAUUUUUCAAACCUAUUGAAUCUUAAUAAACAAGAGAUGUUGAACAAAUACUUGUAUAUCCUUCACUUCUGUUCUUCGACUGUUGUCAUUUUGCCCUAUUUGGUCUCUCUCUGUCUCUCUCUUUUUACUAAACCAUUUGAAAAUAAAUAUCAGACAAUACUUUUGCUGUAAGUAUUUAGACAUGUAUCUCCUAAAAACAAGGGCAUUCCCCAUAUAAACGUAAUAUCAUUGUCAUGUCCCCUAAAUUUAUCGUAAACAUAAUACCUAAUAUUCAGACUAUAUUUAAAUUUCCAAUUCCUGCCAAAAAUGUACCACAUGACUGGCUUUUCCCCUGAUCUAGGACCCAAUAAAGGGUCAUGCAUGGUAUUUCACUGUCGUUUCUCUAGCCUCGUUUUUUUCCUUUAGUCUCUUUUAUAUAGAGUAGUCCUCCUACCUUUCUAUUGUUGUUUGAGACAUGGAACAUUUUUCAAAGUCUGGAUCAGGUGUCUUAGGAAGUCCCAAAAUCUGGAUUUGUCUGAUUUUUUCCUCUUGUGUAGACUCAGACUAAUCUUUGGCAAGAAAGUUACACAGGCAGUGUCAGGUACUUCCCAUUGCGUCAUGUCAGGAGGCGCCUGUUAACUUGUUCCGUAGCUGGUUAGUGCCUAAUUUUUUUUCCAUUUAGAAAAUAGAACUAAUAAUCAUGCUUGUCAUCUAGAAAGUUUAGAGAGAAAGAUGAGACAGUGUCUUUAGUGCUCUGAGGUUCUUGAAAAUAUGCCAUGCAAAUCCCACUAAAAAGAAUUUGAAGUCCAUAGAGGGAUAUCCGUAUGCUCGAGGGAAAACUGUUCCAGAACCAUCUAUGAAAACAUCCCCAGCUUUCGCAGAUUUCGGUAGUAAUAGUGUGCUCUCUUUUGUUUCUUGUAGCUGGGCUGUUCACUUAAAUAACUUUUGCUUGCUAGGCUAAAGGAGAUAGUAAAUUAUCUCUUACUGUUUCUCUUACUGCUUCUCCCUUUGCUAGCAAUUUAAUCAGAAGAGUUAUCAGCUUGGCAAAAGCAAUACGUUUUACUAAGUUUGUUUUUGUUACCUUUGGGAUGCUCAAGACAUGGUUCUUUCUGCUGUGUUGGAUUAGUAAGGUAUUUUUCAAAAAACUUGAGAGGAAUUUUGUAAUAAUUUCUAGGAAAAUCUCCUGCACAUUUCUUAGCCUUUUCUACAAAAUUUUUUGUCCAAGAGUCCACACCUUCUCUGGGCUCACCACGGAAUGAAUUUCAUGGUCCUUCUACAAACGGAAAUUGAGUGGAGGUGCAACAUUCUCUGGGCCCUGAGAUUUGGAAGGUCUCCCACUGGAAGGAGAGCCUGGUCCUGGUGCUCAGUAAUGGUUCCGUGUGCUUUGUUUCAACCUUGGGAUGGUCGGCUGCUCUGCUGGAAGGAUGAACAGCAAGGGGGCCUUAUAGAACAUCGUGGAUCCUUCCACUUCUCAGAUACUGACGUCAGUCAGGUGCAUGUGCAGAGGCAGUGAGUGAGAAACAAUGAAGUAAAGAAGAUGAUAUUAACUUAAUUUCCUGUAACAUACCCCUUGCAAAGCCUCUUUUGGUGAAUAGUUGACCAAAAACCAAAGGUAAAUUGAAUGAAGGAGUUUAGAAUCUAUUUGUUCUUAGAGAAGUUACCUUGAUUUUCCUGAAGGUCUUCCCACAGGUUUUGAGAAAAGCCUCACAGACUCAGGGUCAGUCUUGUUCCACUUCUAAGAGACUAGAUGGUGUGUGCUGACCAGAGCUAGCCGUGCAGGGAGGAAGACGGCAAAGGGAGAUAAGGUAAAAUAAAAUGACCCACAGAUUACUAACUAGGAGUUUUGCACUGCAAUCCACUCACUUGCAACUAACAUGUAACUAGUGAGUGACCUUAGGCAAGCCAUGUAACUUCUUUAUCUGUAACAACUAUAUUGGCAUUAUUGGCAAUUAUGAGCCAGCUUUAAACCAAGUGCUUUAUCGGCAUUGUCCCACUGGACCCUCAGAACAAGCUUCUGCAGUGCAUAUCGUUAUCCAGUUUACAGAUGAACAGCCUGAGCUUUAGAGACGUUCAGUGGCCUGUCCAAAGUCACAGAGCUAGUAACUAUAGCUAGUAACACAGUGGUGCUGUGGUUUUGUUUUCUUCAUCUGUAAACUGGGAUCCCAUGUACCUCUAAAUCUGUGCUAUGCUGAAAUGGGAAAGUGAGAUGGAAGAGAGAAAUUUGAGGAGGGAAGAAACAGAUGAAGUACAUGAUUUAGGAUUGGGAAGGGGUAAGGAAGCUUUUAGGGACAAGAGAAUGGAAGAGUUGAGAGGAAUGGGAAGGGUCGGGGGGCAGGGAAUUAAGGUGGAAGGAAAUAACUAUUAGUGUUAUUAUCUAGAAAGACUCACCUGGGGUAGAAAAGAAUGAGGUUUUAGGCCCGUUUGCGAGCCAUUCUUUGUUUCUUCCUCUCCUUCAUUCCCUACAUCUAAUUAGUCACCGAAUCUUACAUUUCUUCUGCUUCCUCAUUGUCAUUACAUUGCAGUGCCCUUUGGUUGGCCCUCAUCAUCUCUCACCUCGCCCAUAGCAACCAUCCAUUUCCAGGCACAGGCACAAACCUCUACACUACAUUUCCAACACAAUCACCAGAGGGAUUCUAGCAUGGCUCUGUGUCACUUGUCUGGCUGUAUGUCCUAAUACUUCACCACAUACUCAGUAUGCACGAGGCUUAAUGAACUAUUUGUCCCUAUUAAGGGCAUGUCCUUUCACUCCUUUCCUUUGAACAGGCUAUUCUUUUUCCUUUGCCUCUGAAAAACCUCCACCUAUCCUUCAAUGCUCACCUCAAAGAUCCUCUCGCGACUCAGCCUGCUCCUUUCAUCUGAAAUGGCUGACAUGGUUUUGUCCUUUUAAACCGAUAAAGUAAGUUAGCCACGAGGUGGCAGCAUAACGCCAGGGAAUUAACUGCUGGACUCAAUUACACCUGUGAUUUCAGUUUAACUAAUAGCCUAGUGUUGACCUCAGUUGUGGAAUUAUAGAACAAAAAAGGGCAAACUCUGUAGUCCAUUUGGUCUAGUGGUUUUCAGACACUGCUUCAUGAAGCCCUAGGAGUUCUUGGGAAUUCCGUCUCUUGUUUCAAACAAAAAAGUUUUAUUUUGCAACCAAGGCUUCCAAUCUAGUCUAGUCCUUUUGUUUGACAAAUGAGAAGCCGGAGCCCAGAGAUAUGGCUUCGCUAAGUGAUGGAGCUGCCUGAUUGUAGAGCUGUAGCUCUAGGGCCCAGGUUUAUUAUUUCCUGUUUCUCGGGGUUGCAUAUUUUCCAGUGCCGUCAGAGGUCUCAGAGGUUUACCCCAAAGAUUGUGGUAGAAACUUGGUAAGAGUUUGAAACAAAGGACAUUCUUGCCUUGUCAUUUUGUUACUUUGCAACUGCUCUGUUGGCAGCAAAAUAAUAAUACAGAAAAUAAUAUGAUAUAUUUUCAAGUGUGUGUGUUCUAUAUCCAUCUAAAAUAAGCUGUCUAAGCUAAGGUCUAUGUUUUAUUUUUUUCUGUAUAUCUUCCAUAUCACCUAGAACGAGUUUCUGCAUUUGGAACUCACUCAUCUUCAUCAAACAUUUACUGAGGGUUUGUCAAGUGCUGGGAAUGGGUCCAUAGCUUAAAUAAGGCUUGACCCUUGCCCAUGGAAGAAGUCUAGCAGGAGGCUGAUGGGAGAGACAGCUAUAUAAGUGGAUAAUUUAUGAUGUAAUGUGAUUACUUUCUAUGAAGACAAAAAUUUUCAAGGCCGCCAGUAUGACUCUGAUUGCGACUGUGCAGAUUUCCACGUGUACCUGAGUCGCUGCAACUCCAUUAGAGUAGAAGGAGGCACCUGGGCUGUGUAUGAAAGGCCCAACUUUGCUGGGUACAUGUACAUCUUACCUCGGGGUGAGUACCCUGAACACCAGCAUUGGAUGGGCCUCAACGACCGCCUCAGCUCCUGCAGGGCUGUUCGCCUGUCUAGUGGAGGCCAGUAUAAGAUUCAGAUCUUUGAGAAAGGGGAUUUUAAUGGUCAGAUGUAUGAAACCUCUGAAGAUUGCCCUUCCAUCAUGGAGCAAUUUCACAUGCGAGAGGUCCACUCCUGCAAGGUGCUGGAGGGUGCCUGGAUUUUCUACGAGCUACCCAACUACCGUGGCAGGCAGUACCUCCUGGACAAAAAGGAGUACCAGAAGCCCAUCGAUUGGGGUGCAGCUUCCCCAGCUGUCCAGUCUUUCCGCCGCAUUGUGGAGUAAUGACAUGGAUGGGGCCAAAUGCUGGCUGGCCUUGUCAUCUAAAUAGGCAUCAUAAAUAAAACAAUUGGCAUGCAUUCCGCUGUUGACUGUAACGCCUCUCCUUAAACGCUUAGGGACCAGCAGAGGAGCGCCCACCAUAGUGGGCAGUUACACAAAGCAGCUCAUCCUUCAGUUUACCUGUCUGUAUCUUUGUGCCAAACGAAAUGGGACUGCAUUAAAAGGUUAGAAAAUCA